UUUGCAUAUCUGUUUUAAACAGAGACCAGAUGAGGAAGCUGUGGUAGAUCAGGGUGGCACCAGCACAGUCCUCAACAUCCACUAUGAGAAGGAAGAGUUGGAAGGUCAUAGAACUCUGUAUGUGGGGGUUCGGAUGCCACUGGGCAGGCAGAGCCAUCGGCACCACCGCACUCAUGGCCAGAAGCACAGGAGAAGAGGAGGGCGGGGCAAAGGAGCCAGCCAGGGCGAAGAGGGCCUGGAAGCCUUGGCCCAUGACACCCCAUCUCAGCGUGUACAGUUCAUUCUUGGCACUGAGGAAGAUGAGGAGCAUGUGCCUCAUGAGUUGUUCACAGAGCUGGAUGAAAUCUGUCUGAGAGAGGGAGAGGAUGCUGAGUGGAAGGAGACAGCCAGGUGGCUGAAGUUUGAAGAGGAUGUUGAAGACGGGGGAGAGCGCUGGAGCAAGCCUUACGUGGCAACUCUUUCUUUGCACAGUCUGUUUGAGCUAAGGAGCUGCCUCAUCAAUGGCACUGUCCUUCUGGACAUGCGUGCAAGUAGCAUAGAAGAAAUUUCAGACCUGAUCCUGGACCAGCAAGAGCUGUUCAGUGACCUGAAUGACAGUAUGAGGGUUAAAGUGCGGGAAGCCCUUCUCAAGAAACACCACCAUCAGAACGAGAGGCGGAGGAACAACCUCAUCCCCAUUGUCCGCUCCUUUGCUGAAGUUGGCAAGAAGCAAUCGGACCCCCAUUCCAUGGAUAAAGAUGGUCAGACUGUUUCUCCUCAGUCUGCUCCAACUACGAAUCUUGAGGUGAAAAACGGAGUGAAUUGUGAACACAGUCCUGUGGACCUAAGCAAGGUAGACCUUCAUUUCAUGAAAAAAAUUCCCACUGGGGCAGAGGCUUCCAAUGUCCUGGUUGGAGAAGUGGACACUCUGGACCGGCCCAUCGUUGCCUUUGUGAGGCUCUCCCCAGCUGUGCUCCUCUCGGGCCUGACAGAAGUGCCCAUCCCAACAAGAUUUUUGUUUAUUUUAUUGGGUCCAGUAGGAAAAGGUCAGCAGUACCAUGAGAUUGGCAGAUCCAUGGCCACCAUCAUGACGGACGAGAUUUUUCAUGAUGUGGCAUAUAAAGCAAAGGAACGAGACGACCUUCUGGCAGGGAUUGAUGAGUUCCUGGACCAAGUGACUGUGCUCCCUCCAGGGGAGUGGGACCCAUCCAUUAGAAUUGAGCCACCCAAAAAUGUCCCUUCCCAGGAAAAAAGGAAAAUGCCUGGAGUUCCAAAUGGAAACAUUUGCCACAUAGAACCAGAGCCACACGGGGGACACAGUGGGCCAGAACUUGAACGGACUGGGCGGCUGUUUGGGGGCUUGGUGCUGGACAUCAAGCGGAAGGCUCCCUGGUACUGGAGUGACUACCGGGACGCACUCAGCUUACAGUGUCUGGCCUCCUUUCUGUUCCUGUACUGUGCCUGCAUGUCACCUGUUAUCACCUUUGGGGGACUGCUUGGAGAAGCCACUGAAGGACGUAUAAGUGCAAUUGAGUCUUUGUUUGGAGCAUCCAUGACAGGGAUCGCCUACUCCUUGUUUGCUGGGCAGCCCCUCACCAUCCUGGGGAGCACUGGCCCAGUGCUCGUGUUUGAGAAGAUCCUCUUCAAAUUCUGCAAGGACUACGACCUUUCAUACCUCUCCCUGCGAGCCUGUAUCGGGCUGUGGACUGCCUUCCUGUGUAUCGUCCUUGUGGCCACUGACGCCAGUUCCCUCGUCUGCUAUAUCACUCGCUUCACAGAAGAAGCAUUUGCCUCCCUGAUUUGCAUUAUUUUCAUCUAUGAAGCAAUAGAAAAGCUGAUUCACCUGGCAGAGACCUACCCCAUCCACAUGCACAGCCAGCUGGACCACCUCAGCCUCUAUUACUGCAGAUGUACACUCCCAGAGAAUCCAAACAACCACACUUUGCAGUACUGGAAGGACCACAACAUUGUGGCUACAGAAGUGAACUGGGCGAACCUGACUGUCAGUAAAUGCCAGGAGAUGCAUGGAGAGUUCAUAGGAUCGGCGUGUGGUCAUCACGGACCCUACACUCCCGAUGUGCUCUUUUGGUCUUGUAUCCUCUUCUUCACCACCUUCAUCCUCUCAAGCACCUUAAAGACAUUUAAGACGAGCCGCUAUUUCCCAACCAGAGUGCGCUCCAUGGUGAGUGACUUUGCUGUCUUCCUCACCAUCUUCACGAUGGUGAUUGUUGACUUUUUGAUUGGAGUCCCGUCACCAAAGCUUCAGGUCCCCAGUGUGUUCAAGCCAACACGGGAUGACCGAGGAUGGUUUAUCAACCCCAUUGGCCCCAAUCCCUGGUGGGCUGUGCUAGCGGCGAUCAUCCCAGCUCUCCUGUGUACUAUCUUGAUAUUCAUGGACCAGCAGAUCACUGCUGUCAUCAUUAACAGGAAGGAGCAUAAGCUCAAGAAAGGCUGUGGCUACCAUCUGGACCUGCUGAUGGUGGCCAUCAUGCUGGGUGUUUGUUCCAUCAUGGGCCUGCCUUGGUUUGUGGCUGCAACCGUCCUGUCCAUCACACAUGUGAAUAGCCUCAAACUGGAGUCUGAGUGUUCUGCUCCAGGGGAACAACCUAAGUUUUUGGGCAUCCGAGAACAGAGAGUUACAGGCCUUAUGAUCUUCGUGCUGAUGGGCUGCUCGGUCUUCAUGACGACUGUCUUAAAGUUUAUCCCGAUGCCAGUGCUCUACGGAGUUUUCCUCUACAUGGGAGUCUCUUCUCUACAAGGAAUCCAGUUCUUUGAUCGUCUGAAGCUCUUUGGGAUGCCAGCCAAACACCAACCAGAUUUCAUCUACCUGCGGCAUGUCCCACUGAGAAAAGUGCACCUCUUCACCCUCAUCCAGCUCACCUGCCUUGUCCUGCUCUGGGUUAUCAAGGCCUCACCAGCUGCCAUUGUUUUCCCAAUGAUGGUCCUAGCCUUGGUCUUCGUCAGGAAAGUCAUGGAUCUCUGCUUCUCCAAGCGUGAGCUUAGUUGGCUGGAUGACCUCAUGCCUGAAAGCAAAAAGAAGAAACUGGAUGAUGCCAAGAAGAAGGCUAAGGAGGAGGAGGAGGCUGAGAAGAUGUUGGACAUAGGGGGUGAUAAGUUCCCCCUUGAAAGCAGGAAGUUGCUAAGUAGUCCUGGCAAAAAUAUCAGCUUCAGAUGUGACCCCUCUGAGAUUAAUAUAUCAGAUGAAAUGCCUAAAACUACAGUCUGGAAGGCUCUCAGUAUAAAUUCCGGAAACACAAAGGAAAAAAGCCUCUUCAAUUGAGGGUCUGCUGAGGUGGAAGAUUUGGGCCAUGAGGAGCCUCAGAGAAGCUCUGGUUUUCAAGAAAAUGGUGAGUCUCUCAGAGAAGAAGCCAGGCUGAGUCUGGCCCCGUCCUUGGUCAUCUCAAAGCCAUGCAACACGGAAGCAUCCAGUCACUCUCGGUGUGCGUUUUAGAGGACAUCCGGCUACCUUCAUGCCAGCAGCCAAGCACCAACAGGGCCACCAUCAGGACGACCUCCUGUUGCUUCCUCUCCUCAUCUUUCUCUUCACAACUGCCACCAUUAAAGAGCCAGCUUCCCAUUUUCCAGACAUUUUCUCCAAUACUCUCUGCUGGCCUGGUAAGCCACAUGAAUCCAUUCUGUCAUUGAGGUUUCCUUCUUAAGGUCCCUCUUCAUGAACGAUGACUUGGGGUGGUAGCAGAGAAACUGGAGAACGGAAGGCUCCUGGGCCCAUUGCUAGCUGCAGGCUCACGAGCAGCCUGGGUCUUGGUUCCUUUUCUAUUUGGGAAGGGGUGCUGGUUAGACCAGACACUGUCACAGGUCUGCUACCCAAGGUCAGCAUCAACAGUGGCCACCACCAGAGCUGGCAUGAUGCCACUCACCUGGGGUCAUCCGUAUCACUCCCAGAAGCAGUCAACACAAUGUUGGGAGACACUUGGAAGAUGCAGGGCCAAGUGUGAGUCAAGGAGUUUAGCUAAUUAAAGGCAACAACAAUAGGAUGAAUAUCUUUUCUUUCGUUUCCUUGACACUGGAGAAAGAGAAGGAGCCUGUUACGGGAGGAAUUGGUUUAGUGACCAGGGAAGAUUCCCUAGCUUGGGGUGUUGUUACCAGGUCUGUUUUGUCGCCUUCUGGGAAAGUUUGUGGGUAGGAAGCGGAUCAAUGUUGACUGUUUGUGGGACUGUUUGACAUUCUGCUGCUGUCUUUUGAGGCUACAUUGUUACUUUAUCCUGAGACACAAGUGCUCAUGGACAUCUCCUUAGCUGCCUGGGUAGCGAACACCACCAUCAUCACUCAAUGGACCAAAACUGCCUUCAGCCAUGUGGCUUCCUCGUCACACAGAUUUCUUUUUGUUGACAGAAGUUCUGGCUCUCAGAUGUAAAAAGCCAUGCUAAGAAAUGAACUGUAAGUGGUGAAGUCAAUAUGGACAUUAAUUUAAAAGUAUGUGUAUUAUUUUUCUGGGCCCCAGUGCUUACAGACCUCCCUUCCUCUGCGCACCGAGUGUGACCAGCAAGCUGAUCAUGUUGGCUUUCCACCUCCAUCUUUGUACACAAGACCACAUCCCCAUACACACAUCGUGUGCUUUCUUUCCCUGGGUGAAGAAGCGCUGAACCAUUUUAUUGCAGUUUGUACCCUUAGACUCUGAACGUACACUAAGGCAUCUGGUCGUUCACUGAAGACCUUUGGGUUGAGAGGAACCCUGUGUCACCACCACUUCCCUUCCAGUGAGGACCAGAUACAGGAAUGAUUUUCAAGACAUUUAACAAUUGGUACAGGACAACAUAAGCCACACAGAGCAGAUACUCUUUGUGAAACAGUGGUAGGCAUUGCUAUUCAAUGCCUGGUAUAGAUGACUGCCACUCUGCUCUCAAAUUCUAAAAUGACAUCCUUUGAAAUAUGAGUAUUGCUCCUGGUUUGUCUGAUCUCUAUACACUUUUGAGAGAGCUCUGUUCUGUUUCAGCAACAGCCCUGGCUUGCUCUGGGUACCACAUACUGGAACAGGCGGGUUCACAGAAAUCAGUGGGCAUUAAUGUCUCUGGGAGACAAAUUCUCAGAAUGUAUAUAUCAUCACUUCAGGACAGAUCUAAUCACUGCAAGCCCUCACCCAGAUCAGAAUGUUUCAGAAGCAGCUUGUCAGUGGAAAAAUUUUCUUGAUAACUUUCCGGCCCCCUCCGGCUACUUCCCUGAACUUGUGUCUUUUUCAUUGCUUUCAUCACCUGGGAACACCCUUUAUCUUGUCCCAUCUUUUUCUUCUUGAAAUCUCAUGCAACCUUUGGUGUAGGAAAAUUGGUGACUGAAGCAGUCACCUACUGCUCUGGCCUCAGUGCACCUGAGAGGCAUGUAACAGUGAGGAGCCCAUCAUGCAAGGAAGCCAGUGACAGUGUCACUGAGGAAAAGGCCUCUUCCCAAGCACCAAUGCUUGAGUCUCUCUGUACAUGUGUAGCUGCUGGGGGCGGGGAGGGCAGGGGGCUGCCUUUGUUAGCUCUGAGCAAUGCGGCUAUGGGACCUCUGGUUUUUUUCUCAUGCUGACAUUUGCUGGGACCAGAGAAGUGGUCACCUCUUCUAUGACAAGGGUAGCUUUUAGAUAUAUCUUGAGUGUUUCCAGCCACUGUCCUGACAUCCUGGUGAUGUAAACAGCAUGGAGGGAGGCCAAGAUUCAAGAACGUGUUGGUAGUGAAGCCUUGGCUCUAAGGGAAAGGAUGUAGGGUUCCUAAGUGGCCAGUUGCUUCCUGAUGACUACCAGGGAAGGGUUGCUGUUGGGGGGAGGUGAAGACCUGAAGAUGUAUACGGUGCAGCUGCCAAAUGUUUGGUUGUGUAACACACAUGCAACUUGGGAAGGGUCAGGAGGCUCCCGGCUUUACCACUUACAGCCCCAUCCCAGAGCUCCUUAAUUCAUGAAAACCUGCCUUCAUGGUAGAGGGAAAGUGAGCCAUAUCUUCCCACAAGACAAUGUGAAUGGUUGUAAUUACUCUUUGUCGGUGAUGGAACAGACUUUUAAAUUGCUUAUAAGUGUUGGAUAAAAAUCUGGCAUUGACUAAGUCGCCACCCUUCCCAAAGACUGGGGCAGUGAUGGCUGCCGUCUUCCCGUCUCCCCUCAGGACAGUCUGUGGCUUGUGAUCAUCCUGAAGGGACAGCUCCUGAUUCCACUUUAUCCUCCACCCGCUCAGCUCUCUAGAUGCCCUUCUUAGCCAGGGAAGCAGGGAUUGUCCUUGUGUCCUGUCUAGCGAUCCAAGGUUUAUAUCUGCAAGCUCAGGACUGGCUAGGGUCUCAGGCUCCUGGGUUUUCUUUAGUUUUUAAUGAGCAUCAGAGACACCAUGUCACAUGUGUCUGCCUUCGACUUUACCAGUGUCUCUGAAAGUCUUUUGCAAGAGUGACAGCACCUCCUCCUUUUAAUUUUUUUUUCAAGACAGGGUUUCUCUAUGCAGCUUUGGAGCCUGUUCUAGAACUAGCUCUUGUAGACGAGGCUGGUCUUGAACUCACAGAGAUAUGCCUG